GCUGGGCCUGCUCCCGCCGGCCGGCGGGGAGGGGCGGCGCGGCGCGGCCGGCCCCGGCCGCCAGAGGCAGGAUGGCGGCGGCGGGCGGCACCGCGGCGCAGCGGCUCCGCGGCGGCAGGUGAGGGCGGCCCGCGCUGCCGGCCCCGGAGCGCCGGGCGGCAGGGAAACUCCGAAUGGAGGACGGGGUCCUGGCCUCCGUGUCGCGUCCGGCUCGCUCUCGGCGUGGAGCAUCCCAGGGAGGUUUGCUGGCGGCGCGCGGGCUUGCUCGGACGACGGCUGUAGGGUCAAACCCGUUUGGAGGUCGCCGCCGCCACGGUGCGAUUGCUCGGUUUCGGGGUGGAGCGACCAAGUCACGGACUAUAAAGCCUUUACUGAUUUGGUCCCGAGAGGCUGCUGCGCUCUGCCAAGUGCUACGUUUGGAUCUCCCGUAGCGUGUAAACAGGGUUUCGUUCAAGCCGGAGACGCGAGUGGCCCUCACCUUUGAACCUGCUUCCAAAUCGUUCCCACAUCCCGGAUGUGGCUGAAAGGGCCCCUGCCGCUAGGCACGGCGGCAUGCCCUCACCUCUCAUGGCUCUAGGGAGAUAGAGAAGCUGAAGGAGCUUAAUGAAAAGGACUUGGAGGUGCCAGGCUAGAGGCAAGCAUCCAGUGGUGCAGAUUCGCUGCUAUUGGAGUUGCUGGGUCUUUUGCCACUGGUUUAGAUGGACAUAGGAUGAGGCUGUACUUCCAGAAAGAGCCUCAAAGAAGCUUCCACCUGUAGAAAGUCCUACAAGAAAAACACAGAGCACUUUUUGGAAAUUUGUGAGGCCAAGCUAUCAAAAUGGCAGAAAAUAAGGACAGUAAUAUUAAAAAUGCGGAUGUGAGACCCAAAAGCAGCCGGAGCAGAAGUGCAGACAGAAAGGAUGGUUAUGUCUGGAGUGGAAAGAAGCUCUCCUGGUCAAAAAAGAGUGAGCACUGUUCCGAUGCUGAGGCAGCAAGCACUGUGGGAAGAUCAGGGACUGGUUUAAGGAGUCAAGAGAGGAAGUACAGCUGCUCCUCUAUCGAACUGGAUCUCGAUCGUUCCUGUGGUCACAGGUUUUUAGGCCGCUCUCUCAAACAGAAGUUGCAAGAUGCUGUGGGACAGUGCUUUCCUAUAAAGAACUGUAGCAGUCGGCAUGCCUCAGGGCUUCCAUCGAAAAGGAAAAUUCAUAUCAGUGAAUUAAUGUUAGAUAAGUGUCCUUUUCCUCCACGCUCAGAGCUAGCUUUUCGGUGGCACUUAAUAAAAAGACAUACGGCCCCUAUAAGUCAAAAAGCAGAUGAGUGGAUAAUUGCUGAUUUAUCCCAGAAUGAGGAGAGGGAGGAUCAGCUGAGGGACGAUGAGAUUGCCAGUGGGGGAACGGACUCUCCCUCCCCGUCCUGUGACCUGACUGACAGCAGCUCCUCCAGAGGUGAUUCCAGGGCUGAGUUGGUUACAAGUAAAGUAGGACGGUGCAGUAGAGAUGAGAGCGAUAUGGACUCUGACGAUGAAGUUAUAACACUGUGCACAAGUUCUAGAAAAAGAAACAAACCCAAAUGGGAAACUGAUGAUGAGCUGCUACGGAUGGAAACGCCUCCUAAAUACCAUACGCAGAUCGAUUAUGUCCACUGCCUAGUCCCAGACCUCCUUCAGAUCAAUAACAACCCCUGCUACUGGGGAGUCAUGGAUAAAUACGCAGCGGAGGCACUGCUAGAAGGCAAGCCAGAGGGAACGUUUUUAUUACGAGAUUCUGCCCAAGAAGACUAUUUGUUUUCUGUGAGCUUCAGGCGCUACAGUCGUUCUCUCCAUGCCCGGAUAGAGCAGUGGAACCAUAACUUCAGCUUUGAUGCCCACGAUCCUUGUGUCUUCCAUUCUCCCGACAUCACGGGACUCUUAGAGCACUAUAAAGAUCCAAGCUCCUGUAUGUUCUUUGAACCGCUUUUAUCCACUCCCUUAAACAGGACUUUUCCUUUUUCUCUGCAACAUAUAUGUAGAACAGUUAUUUGCAACUGUACAACUUACGAUGGUAUCGAUGCACUUCCUAUUCCUCCAUCAGUGAAGCUGUAUCUGAAGGAAUAUCAUUAUAAAUCGAAAGUUAGAGUACUCAGGAUAGAUGUACCAGAGCAGCAAAGCUAGAAAAUAUUUUUAUGAAAGAAUGAAAUUGUCCCUAAGCAGAGGAAUAGUAUGUUCAGUCUUUCCUCCCUUUUAGGGUUUUUUUUAAAUGGCAGUUUGAUUUUCUUCUCCUGCAGAUUAUUUACAACCCAAACUAGCCUCUGCCUAAGGCUCUUUUAUCCAAAUGUACUUUGAGUCUUCCCAACUCUCUUUUUAAGAAAUGAUAUUCAUUGUGGGCUUUUGGUACUGUUCCCAAACUAGGGUUUUAUGGAAUUUCAGGUAGGCUUUCUGGUAUUUCUAUAGAUGGGUAGUCUUUAGAUCUAAAAACCUUAAAAAUCAGUUUUGAACUUGAUCUGUCUUUUAUAUUGUAAUUUGCAUAUGUUGCUGACGUUUGAAAUAAUGUACUGUUAACUAAAGAUUGACUCAUCUGUAUUUUCUGCAUUUCUUUUAAAAUGAGUGCUCGAGCCUCUGUGCGUGUGUGUAUGUACGUCUCUAUCUAAUAUAGUAAAUUCAUCAGUCUAUUUCUAAUUUUACUCUUCCUAGCAAAAUGAAGUUUGAAAGAGGAUAUGAUCUUUCUAUAAAUACAUCAGGGGACUAAACACCAAGGAGGGGAAAAGCAGUUCAAGUUAAGGACCACAUUUAGCACAAGAAAAGCAUUAUAUAAACUGGUCAUGUUUUUGGCUGGAAAGAGGGAAGGCUCAUAAUCAUCAGAACAGUGAAUUUCUGGAACAGCUUUUUGGUUUGUAUAUCAGCAAUAAAAAGCAAAUUACUUGUAAACUGGGAUUUGAUCACUGUUUGGAAGGGAUAAUAUGGCAUCGUUGCUUAUGAUAGAUGGAACUUGGAGUUGAUACCUCAGGAUGUCCUUUCUAUGUCUGUUACUAUUUCAUUACAUGAAAUACUCAGUUUUCAUUAUAAGGGCUGCUUCUGAAAUGGUAAAGGAUGGGGUGGGGAGAUGAGAAGGAAGGUAUUUCCUUAAAAAUCUAAUACCAUUUGUAUGUAUUAAACCCUUUGAUCUUGCAUUGUUGAUCCUGAAGUGAUGAUGGAUAACUUUCUUACUUUGUUAGUAGAAUUUUUUUUAACAAGUUUAGUUUAAAAAAGAAAAGUCUGCAGAUUUAUCUUGCAAUGUAUAGCAUUUGUUCAAGUGACCUGCUCUCAAAUUCCAGGUGCAGGAAAACCAUGCAUGGAAAAUGCUCCUACAAGCAUUACUUGCAUUACAUGGAUGGUCAGAUCUGCUGCUGAAUUAUUGGUAGAGUCCCAGUGAGAAUGGACCUAGGAUCAGGCAAGAAACUGUAGUGCUUUCCAAACCAGCCUCGUGAGAGCAGCUCCACAAGAUGCAGCAAUGACCUGCAGUUCCGUUGUCUUGGCUCAGAUGUGCUUAUCUCCCCUUCCAGAGCGGGGCCCAGAACUAGUCCGUCAGAAGUGUACCUGAUGAUAGAGUUGUAACUACAAUAACCAUACUGUUUCUUCUCCUUUGAUCACAGGGAGGCUCAGUAUCCUUUUGAAAUGCCUUUGAAAUUGAGACUGCCAACCUUGCAGAGUUACAGAUGUGUUUAGCUUUAUGCGUGCAGAAGAUCUUAUAAAAACUAGCAAUUUUACCUGUGCGCAGGCUAAGAGCCGGGGAGCCCAGCGCAAUGCAGUCUUGCUCCUGGAGUGAAGACUAAGUGCUACAAUAGCAUAAGCAAUAGUUCUUUUUGAAUAUUUUAAUCUCAGCUUCUAGAGAAUCCAGUGGGUUUGUGGACAGCAAAUCCAUCCUGCAGGCUGGGUUUUUGGGAGUUACUGAACAAGUUUUGCCAUGCAGCUCCAUGGGGGAUGUGCUGUCCCACCCUUGGCCACCCUGUUUUUCCCUCUUCAGCCCUCUGGCUCCUGAGCAGAGAUUAGCCCUUCCGCUAAACUGGUGUCACUGUGAUGUAAACAGAUUUUCAGGGACAUCUGCUUAGAGACCAGCCAGUUUGUUUUCACUGUGUUUUAAAUAGGUUUGAACCAAAGUCUCUAGGGAGAAAAUGCUAACACAUCAAUCUGUCACAUUGCAUGUGGAUGAAUACACUAUGGGACAAACUCUCAGCUGCUAUAAAUCAGCAUAGCUUUAUUGAUACACUUAAAACAGUUUAUACCAGCUGAGAUUCUCCCUCCUCCACAUGCAAAUGACAAUUGUAUGACUCAUGUUGGAGACAGCAUUCACUUUUUUUUUAAUGUUUUCCUUGUGGUGCUUCCAUUCAACCGACUUUACUUUUUGCAUGAAUUGUAUUUUGUCAAGACCAACUUCUUAUUAGUAAAUCCAUUUCUUCUCUAGCUUUCCAAACACAAAGUGAACAAAUAGCAGGUAUGAUCUUUCCUGUGUAUUUUACGCUGGGCCUGUCAUGGUGGAAUGGUAGCCUGUGGCUUUUGCUGUCACAAUACAAAAUAAUAUUAACCAGUUAAAAUCUGACUUUAUAGAGGAAUUUUUGAGACAUUUGCAGUCUGCUUGAUUAAAACUCUCUUUCUUAAACUCUUAAUUAGGGCAAGAAGCUUGUAACUUUACAUAGGGCUUACCAUUGUUAUUUUUGUCCCAAGACUACAAAAACUAGAUUUCAGCCAAAAAAAGUCUUACCUACUUAGGAACUUGCUACGAAAGCCACCAUGCUUUCAAAACCAGCAAGCAUCUUGUCCCUUCAGCAUGAAAGGCCAUUGAAGAACCUUCUUUUGGGUGCAGCUCCACAACGUGCUGCGAUUUCAGUGUCAUUCUGCAUGCAGCCUACAUUGUUUUGACAUCUGUGGGUGCAGCACUUACCCAAAAAAUGUCUUGAGCACUCCAAUUUUAGGAGACCUACAUAAUAUAGCAGUUGGGGGAAGAAGGUGCUACACAUCUAAAAACAGUGCCUUUUGACUGUGGGCCAAUUAAUGGCAUUUGUUCAGAGAAAUAUAUAGAAAAGGUUGAUGAACAGGAUUUUGUGAAAGUUCACCAUAUUUUUGCCUGGUUUGUUUGUCCAGAUCAUACUUGUGUGAUUUUUUUAAAAAUUCUUUUGUACUUUCUGACACUCUGAAUUGUGUGUAUAUGCGCAUUUUGUGUAUACUUUUUUCUCAUGAAACAUGAGAACUCAUGUGCUCUAUUUGCUUAAAUGCCUAUUUUUAAAUCCAUAAAUUAAAUCCAUAACUUUUUUGGAAUAAACCUUGCAGACUUUAACUAAU